ACUUCUGAUUCUGACAGACUCAGGAAGAAACCAUGGUGCUCUCUGGGGAAGACAAAAGCAACAUCAAGGCUGCCUGGGGGAAGAUUGGUGGCCAUGGUGCUGAAUAUGGAGCUGAAGCCCUGGAAAGGAUGUUUGCUAGCUUCCCCACCACCAAGACCUACUUCCCUCACUUUGAUGUAAGCCACGGCUCUGCCCAGGUCAAGGGUCACGGCAAGAAGGUCGCCGAUGCUCUGGCCAAUGCUGCAGGCCACCUCGAUGACCUGCCCGGUGCCCUGUCUGCUCUGAGCGACCUGCAUGCCCACAAGCUGCGUGUGGAUCCCGUCAACUUCAAGCUCCUGAGCCACUGCCUGCUGGUGACCUUGGCUAGCCACCACCCUGCCGAUUUCACCCCCGCGGUGCAUGCCUCUCUGGAUAAAUUCCUUGCCUCUGUGAGCACCGUGCUGACCUCCAAGUACCGUUAAGCUGCCUUCUGCGGGGCUUGCCUUCUGGCCAUGCCCUUCUUCUCUCCCUUGCACCUGUACCUCUUGGUCUUUGAAUAAAGCCUGAGUAGGAAGAAGCCUGCA